AUGUCUGAGCCAAGUACUUUUCAGUACUCACUCUUGUGUGUGUGUCUAUCUAUCUAUCUAUCUAUCUAUCUAUCUAUCUAUCUAUCUAUCUAUCUAUCUAUCUAUCCUUACCUGGCUUAUAUCAGAAGUUUUAACGUUUUCUUCCUUUUUUUUUUCCGUAAGGUCUUUCUUCUUUUUUUCUUUCUUCAUUUAAAUCUUUGUUUUCUUCUUUUUUUCUUUCAUUUGCUUCGUUAUAUAUUUUUCAAAUCCAUUGUUUUUUCUCUUUCUUUUUUAAAUAUUGGUAUAAUGAUUUCUUACAUCUUUUCUUUCCGUCUUUCUUUCUCUCUCUCUCUCUUUCUUUCUUUCCUUUUUCUUUCUUUCUUUCUUUCUUCUUUUUUCUUUCUUGAAUCUUUGUAUGAUUCUCUUUUUCUUUUUCUUUCUUUCUUUCUUAGAUCGUUUUAUAACCCUUUUUCUUCUCUUUUCUUUCUUAAUUCUACGUAUUAUGGUUUCUUUCUUCCUUUUUUCUUUCUCUCUUUCUUGAAUCUUUAUCGUUUUAUAACGCUUUUUCUUCUCUUUUCUUUUUUAAUUCUGCAUAUUAUGGUUUCUUUCUUUCUUUCUUUCUUUCUUUCUUUCUUUCUUUCUUUCUUUCUUUCUUUACCCGGCCCUAUGAAUAACAUAGCGUUCUAUUAUUCUUACUUCUUUGACCCGUUCAAUAAGUGCCAUUCAUUUUUUCAUUGGUAG